AUGCCAUACUUUGUAGGGAGAGCAGAAACUCAUCACCAACACAGGAUGCUUAAAAUCUACAGACACAGUUACAAAGAUGUUGUCUCUCUUGAUUCAAUUGAAAAGUAUAUAGACUGCUCACAAAUUCAGCCCUACAAAUGCAAUUCGCAUAUGAUUAUUUCUCUGAAGCCUCUUCCACACUUUGGUUCAGCAAAAAAGAGUGAAGAAACAUGCCGCACCUGUAACAGGAAGUUGAUGGAGCCUGACUUAUAUCGUUACUGCUCCAUUUCAUGCAAGGUUGAAGCUGUUUCAAGGAAGCCUAAUGAUUCAAAUCCUCCAUUUAUUUUCACUCAGAGUCUUAAUCAGGGAAAAUAUGUGGGAACUGUUAAACCCCCGACGCAGCGUAACAAAAGAAAGGGAACACCCUGCAGAGCUCCUCUCUUCUAA